AUGUCCAUCGAAAACCUCAAGACCUUCGACCCCUUCGCCGAAGCUGACGAAGACACCGGCGAGACUAAACAGUCUCAAAAUUACAUCCAUAUACGGAUUCAGCAGCGCAAUGGUCGAAAGACUCUGACCACAGUUCAGGGUCUUCCUAAGAAGUUCGAUCAGAAGAAGAUUCUGAAGGUGAUCAAGAAGAAGUUCGCGUGCAAUGGCACCAUCGUCGCCGACACUGAGAUGGGCGAGGUGAUUCAGCUGCAGGGCGACCAGAGAAAAGAUGUCCAGGAGUUCUUGACCGACAAGAAGGAGGGCCUUGAGCUGGAUGCCAAGACCAUCAAGUCUAUGUUGCCCUGUGAGCGGUGGGGUGAGAAGCAUGCUGUGUUAUCCCUCAUCCGCCGGCCGUGCGCCCUGCCGGCCCUCGCAACCGUCAAGUGUCUUGCUUUCUUUCUCCACCUCUCAUGUGCCUGGCGUGUUAGACCUGGGCCUUUGUCGACAUGGCCCGCUGCAUUUGUGUGCACCUCCGGACGACCGUGCCCGCUUGGUCGCCCGGGGGAGCGGAGUGCUUUAUCGACUCGACUGCUAUUUUUAGGACGGGAUUAUGAUGGAACGAGGCGUUGGUAG